AUGGAAGGUCGGCGCGAAAGGCCACCGGCGUCGCGCGCUAAGAAGCCGGCUGCGAAGCGCACCACGACGGAGCACAACGGGACCGUGGCCGCCCGGUCCCACGCCAGAAGCAGAGGUCCGCAAAGGGGGGCGCGGUCUCGGGGCGCGGAGCCUGACGGGGACCCCAUGGAGAAGCCAACCACCCGAGCGCGACCGAGACAGGCGUCCAUGCGCAUCAAGGACCUACGGUCCUCGGCCACCGGCGCCGCAGGAGUCGCCGAACAGCCCGCCUCCCCGGAGCUCCAGCCUCCCGCCAUCCAGCCUCCCGCCUCCCCGGAGCUCCAGCCUCCCAUUUCUGCUCCUAAUGAAUUUGAUGUAAUGUUUAAGCUGGAAGUUCCCAGAAUCGAUCUGCAGGAGUAUCAUGACACUGGUGCUUUUUAUCUUGUGAAGUUCAAAAGAAUUCCAAGAGGAAAUCCUCUGAGUCACUUUUUAGAAGAGGAAAUAUUAUCAGCUUCCAAGAUGCUGUCAAAGUUUAGGGAAAUCAUCAAAGAAGAAGUUAAAGAAAUCAAAGACAGCGAUAUCUGUGUGGAGGAGGAAAAACCAGGAAGCCCUGCUGUAACACUUCUGAUCAGAAACCCAGAAGAAAUAUCUGUGGAUAUAAUUCUGGCUUUGGAAUCAAAAAGCAGCUGGCCUAUUAGCACCAAAGAAGGACUACCCAUCAAAAACUGGCUUGGCACAAAAAUGAGGACCAGUUUAAGACGAGAGCCAUUUUAUCUUGUGCCCAAGGAUGCCAAAGUUGGAAAUAGUUUUCAAGGCAAGACAUGGCGCCUCUCUUUCUCCCACAUUGAAAAAUACAUUUUGAAAAAUCAUGGAAUAGAGAAAACAUGUUGUGAGGUUGGUGGAGCGAAAUGUUGCAGGAAAGACUGUUUAAAAUUGAUGAAAUACCUUUUGGAACAGUUGAAAAAGGAGUAUCAAGAACUAGAAGCAUUCUGUUCUUACCACGUGAAAACUGCCAUCCUUCACAUGUGGACUGAGCACCCACAGGACAGAGAGUGGGACCCCAAGCACCUCAGCAGAUGCUUUGAUAACUUUGUGACGUUCUUUGUUGAAUGCCUCAGGACAGAGAAACUGCUGCAUUAUUUUAUCCCAAAGUUCAAUCUAUUCUCUCAAGAACUAAUUGACCAAAAAAGUAAAGAAUUUCUGAUAGAGAAAAUAGAAUAUGAAAGAAACAAUGGAUUUCCAAUUUUUGAUAAGUUUUGA